CCUUCACUGCGAGAGAGAGUCCUGGCAUCACUCAAAAGCAAAGGACCACAACAGAAGGUAAACAGAGCUUGAGGUUCUCAAACCUGGUGCCAGUGAAGGAACAAGGAUUCACUCGGCAAAGAAACACUUCUCAUAGACACAGAUUUGCUCAUCACUGUUUUGAAUAUGGAACUACAAGCACAAAAUGGUCAGAGCAUGUGGCUGCCACAAUAAGCGCACUGCACGGACAGGAGAGGGUCUGCUUAAAAGGCACAGAAGGAAUUAGAAGAUGCAGGCACACCUGAUGAAAAAGUUAACAGUGCUGGAGAAGAGAAUUUGAAUGUCAGAAUAAAAGAGCUGGAAAAGUCAGAGGAAAAACUGAAAAGUGUUCUAGAGGAGUACGUGGAGUCAGAUUCCAUCCUAAGAAAUAGGAUGAAAGAGCUGGAGCUGUCACACAAAACACUUCUUGUGAUGAUUGAUCAACUUUGUGUGAAGCUGGACCAGGUUGAAAAUGCCAAUCUGCACGUUAAAGGGAAACUGCAAAGCCUUCAGGAGGACCUGAUGCACUUGGUUGAAAACCAAAAGAAGUCAGAGAAGAAGCACAAGGAAAAAUUGCGUUGGCUUCAGGAGCAGCUGAAGACAAAAGAGGAUGAAAUAAAAAGCCAGUCAGAAUAUUUUGAGCACUACAAACAAAGGCAGAGACAACAGACAGCAGUACUGAGGAAAAGGGACUGUUACCUUCAGGGUGAGGUAUCUAGGCUGGAAAAGCAAGUCCUAGAUCUUAAUGCCCAUAUUGCUCUUUUGACAUCCAAGUUAGAAGAGGGAAUGGUGCAGCACCUCCAGCAGAAGCUGAAGUCAGUGUGCAGUGGGAUUCAGGGCUGUAAACACCCUGGCAGGGAAGAAAUGGAAUGGAAGAGUUAUAUUGAAAAUGUGGAGCAUGAUGUGAAAAGCCACCUCAAGGCAUUUCAGCAAAACCUGAAGUUCUUGAGGGAAAAAGAAGAGAACACUAGAAGAGAACAGGCAGACCUGCUGACCGAACUGCAGUGCUCUCAGGACACUGAAGACUUUCUCAGAACAAAAUUGGAAGAAUCUCACCAUCAUGUCUGUAGUUUAAAAUUAUCUGAAAUCAAACUAAAGGAAAAAGUGGAAGAGCUUUUAGAUGAAAACAGAACUUUAAAUGAUCAAGGUACUAUGAAGUUGAAAAAGAAGAAAGAAAACUACUCAGAACUUACAAGAUUGGUGGAUGGGGACAACGGUAUUGACCUGGUAAGUCAACUGAAUGGAGAGCUAAUUCAGGAUGAAGUUCAGAAUCUGAAAUGGAGGGCAGUCUCAGAUUCACUCAGAAGCAGAGCUACUCAAACUCCAGUUGUGCUGCUACAUGAUAAAGAGCCUGAAACACCAGCCUGUAGUUGUGAGGGACCAAAGCAGAUGGAGGAGCUACCAGAAGACCUUGUGCCAGUUUUGGAAUGCAGUUCCAGUGCCUUUGUGAAAGUUGCUGCUCUAGCUGAGACUGACCAGGUCACCCUUGGACCACAGAGGGCAAAUACUCUGGAGGACACUUCCACUUUGCUCAGGUGUACCCCAAGUAUUCAUGCAGCAGGACUGCUUCCCCCUUGUUCUGAGAAGUUACCUGAUGAUGAGACAAGUAAGGAAACCGAAGAUGAAGAAAACCUUUUUCUCUUGAAGGAACAUGCUAUAACUCCACCAGUGAAGACAUUCCCUGCUUCUGUGGUGGAAAUUUUAAUGAGGAAGGAGCUCCAACUGACCUUGUUUGAGCCUGGAAGGUGUCACAUAACAGCUUUCACCACUGAGAAGAAAGUGAGGAAUUUGAGUUUCUGUGAGACAAAUACUAAUCUUUGGUCUGAUGGCCUUUGCAUUGUUGCAAAAGGAGGAUUUUAUGACAGAGCUACUGAACUUCAUGGAACGUUGCCUUCCACUGUGGCUGAAAUUUUCACAUCUAUACAGGAAUGCAACAUGGAAAACCAUUGGGGAAACAAGCAAAUCCUGCCAGGAAGUGUGAGUGAGAACAAAUGUCUAGAUAAAGAUGUUGAUGAUGAAAAGUAUCACCAAAAAAUCUUCACAGGGAGAGCUGAAAGAGAAGAAAUACAGAAUGACAAAGCCCAACAACAACAGGUGACCUGUGGUCUUGAGGAAAGUUCUAAAAUUUCCUACAAAACUGAAUUAUUCAGUCCUGGGAAGCAAGGAGUGGAAGCAAAAGAGAGUCUCCAUAGCCCAGAGGGUCCACAGAGUUUAUCUGUUGAUUUUAAAGGCUUUAAAAAAUGUUUCAAAGGGAGUUCUGAACGAAUGAAGAAAGAAGAAAAUAUUUCAGAAAACCGCAUCCCUGAUGUGAAUAGUGGAUGUAAUGGAGAAGACAUAAUUGAAAUGGAAGGGAAAGGAAAGCAGGCUCAGAAACCAACUCACCAAACAAGACCCUCCAGCAAUAUUGGCCUGACAAAAAGGAAAGACCAGACCUUGAAACUAUGUGAACCAAAUAAGAAUUUCUCAUGUCAAAAAAUAGCUGCUAAAAAUGUGCAACAUGAAUGCUCUCAGAAUUUUUUUUCAUUGAAUGAAGAGACAUAUCCACUAAACUUGCUGUUUUCUAUGCAAGAGGGGCCUGUGUGCUUAAGCAAACUAUUCCAGCCAGGGAACAGUUUUUGUAAGUGUUUCUGUCAUCUGUCAACCUGGGAAGCUGGAAAUGAAUGUAAUGUGAGAAUAUCUGGGCUGGAAAAGGCAGUGGCUGCAUAUUCUCAGAGGAUAUUUCUGCUGAUGCAAGAGAAUGAGAAUUACUCCAAAAAAGUCUGUAUUUUGCAACAGGAGAAUGACAGAUAUGCUCAGAUGAUGUGUGCCCUUGAAGAGGAGAUGGAUGCAUAUUUUCAAAAUGUUCUAGCAGCAGGUGAAGCUAAUGUUCUUUCAUUCCAAAACUUACUUAAUGAGAAAGAAGUUGCUGGUGGAUGUUAUAAUAACUUUACAGAAGAAAGUACCAUGACCCCAGGAACAUUUUUAGUUGCAACUUUUUCUAAGAAUCUCUCAUAUGUUGAAGAGAAAAACAGGAAUUCUGAAAAAGACUCAUGGACAAUUGCAUCAAAUAAACUUCAUGGGAGCGUUCUAUCCCUGAAUAGAAGGAAAAUUAGGUACUUCCAGCUGCUUUCUGACCUGAAAGAAGAAAGAAGCAGGUGCUUCAAAGAAAUGGCUAAACUAUUACAAGACAAGGAGAACUAUGUAGCAAAAUACAAUGAAUUAAUGCAAGAGAGAAAGAGAAAUUUACAAAGAAUAGCUCUUUCAGAAGGUGAAAAAGAAACUUUGUUGGGACAUUUGGCAGAGAUAAAGUGUGAGCAAGACAAAUACAGGACCUUAGUUUCAGAACUCCAAGACUGCAAAACUAGCUGUUAUCAAACCAUUUCUCACUUACAGGAGGAAAAAUGUGUACUGCAAAGAGAGAUAGACAGAAUCAAGCAAGAAACUUCAGAACAGCUUGAUCAAUUUCGGAAAGCAAAUGCAAACUUUAUUUUAGAAAAUAAAAAUUUAAAAGAAUUAAUGUCUUCUUUGGGUUUCACCUAUGAAGAACUGAGAAAAGAGAAAAGUAUAGGAACAAAGAAAAAUAUAGUGAAACUAAAAGAAGAAAGUCAACAACCUGGUCUUAAGCCAAAGAAAGUUGAAACAGCAUGUAGUGUAACACAAACUGAAGAACAGGGAGCUCUGGCUGUAGAUCCUUCAGGUUAUUCCCCUGGGAAAAAGGGCAGCAUGUUUGAAAGCUACAGUAUGAUGAAAGAGCAAGUUGGAAAGGUGGAAGAGAAACUAAAAAUACAGCAAAAGGAAUUAGAAAAAUCAAAAAAAGAGGCUCAGAAGUGGUACAGAGAGCUUGGUUUUGCUGAAACAAGAUAUGAAGAAACCAAAACUCGUUUGAUGCAGGCUCUCUCGGAAUUAGACCACCUUAAGCAAGAAGUUGGGGACAAAAUGCAGGGAAAGCAGAACUGCAAAUUAAUGCCUGUGUACUCAUUGAAGGAUGCCCUGGAAAAAGAGGUGAAUAAAAUAGCCAGUAAGAGAUUGGAGCAGCAAGUGUUGACCUUGAAAGCCCAGCUCAGGGACCAGGCUGCAUUACAAAAUCAGUUUCAUGACUUGCAGAAGGAAGUGGAACUCUUUCAGGCUCAGCUGUGUGAAAAGGAGAAAGAACUGCAGAAGAGGAAGUCUGAAGUGAAGUUGACAUUAGCUCCUCUGAAGGCUAAGCUGGCUUGCCUCACCCAAAAGUGCCAGGAAAGGAACAGCUUCAUUAGGAGAAUGCAUGAUGAAUUCCAUAGGCAAGGAUUUAUUAACUCUGCAUUUGAUGAAGAGAUGAAGAACCUGGUGAAUGACAUGACCCUGGCGGAGUACACGGUUGCUUUUACACCAAUGUGUGAUCAAGAGAAGCUGCCUUCCUCCACAGAUGUUUCACAGGCUAAUGGACAGCCAGAGGAUCGUGUGGCAGGUGCCAGAGGGAGCAGGAGGAUUGGGUCAGUAUCUGCAGACUCUCAGCCAGGGAUGGAUGGCCCCCAGAGUUCCCCCCUCACCCCAAACGUGUGUGCUGGUUCUUCUGUCAGAAUAGCAAGAGGGGGUCACAGCCUUGCAUGGAGAACUAAGAGAAAACCAUCCCAAAAACUGCCAGACACCUUCAGCUGUCCCCUCCAGCUCAGACCCUUGGGUGGUCCCAGCCUGCCCAUGAUCCACAAGGGAGGCCCCUGGCCUCUGCUGCCAGGGCUGGAGGAUGCUGCAGUGCCCCUGGAGCGUGCCCUGUUUGGGGCCACCAAGGGGAGGGAUCGGCCAUGGAAACACCCUGGCAUCUUCUGGGGUCAGAGAGGAAACCAGCAUGCAGGUGCUAUUGCCCAGGGAGUGAAACACAAAAAUGCCAUUAUGGAUAAGGCAUGGCUCUCUGGAGAAAAAACAGAUGGCUCAACCUCAGCUACCACAGCAGAAAGCUAUUUGCCAGACGUGUUGUCAGCAAGUAAUAAAGGUCGAUACUCUGUGGGGAGAAAUCAGCUGCAUGGGAAAGAAUAAAACCUGCAGAAAUAAAACAAGGAGCUAAUCCUGUAUUUCAAUGAGAAGCCGGAAAAAGAAAAGAAAAAAAUUACCUCCGUUCCCCAGUACCUCCCUCCAUGCCCAAUCUCCUUCAUGUCACCAUCCUAGUGGGAGCAGCUUUCCUCCAGCCUUGGAUUCAAGAGCAACGUCUUCUCUUGUCUACAGAAGAGCUCUCAAGGAAGCAUCUAAAUGUGUGUUGAUCUGUUAUGAACUUGUGGCAGA